AUGACUGAGUUGUCUGAGAAGGGCUUCAUUGAUAUGCUCGGAACUCCCGAAAUCGGCAAUGUCCGAAGAAGGGAUGGGAAAGCCUUGGGACCUACCUUAACUGAAUAUAUUGUUCGGUCUCUUCAUACCGGGUCGAUUAAGAUAAUCGACUUUAGAGAAUCUUUUUUAUACGCCGCAGCACCGAAGAAAUUACAUACUCCUUUACCUCACCGAGCGCCUGAGGUUAUAUUUCAGGACCACGUUGACUACCGAGUCGAUUUGUGGAGCAUGGGUCGUAUGCUCUUCGACCUUUUUACCGGCCAGCCACCUUUUGACACAUUUAUGAUAACGCACCCGGUUCUUGUCCGUCAAAUGCAAGAGAUGGCAAGCGACAUCCUACCUGCUAGAUGGCAUAAUAGUUGGGACACAAUGAAAGAGAAAGACAGCGAAACGCCAGAAACCCGCCGCUCCCCCGCACCCCGGGAAUGGUUGGAAGAAGUAUACUUUGACGGUGAGCAAGAACAGAAUGUGACUCCAGAGUAUAUAACUAGGCUGGGGCAAGCUAUUGGGAAGCUUUUAUACUUUGCGCCGUGUGCACGAGCAUCUACGACAGAAGUUUCGCAUGACCCUUGGUUCAAUGAGUAA